AUGUUUGAAUGGAUCUGGGAUUGGUGGAUGGCGCUGUUGAGGUAUUUGGGCUUCAAAUGUCACUACAAAAUCCUGCUGACCGGGUUGGAUAAUUCUGGGAAAUCGACGCUACUCCAUAUGCUCGCUGAUGAGCCAAAAACGCAAAGGCUCGAAAAUCCUCCAGGAAUCCGGGCAACUUUCGGAGAGCAGCUGAUAUUCGAUGAAUUUCAUAUUCAUGUCUAUGAUUUGGGUGGCAUGCCUUUACCUGGCGGAAACUUUAAGGCGCAACUUCCUACCUUUGAUGCCAUAAUAUUUUUGAUCGACGCUACGGAUAAAGCGCGAUUUGCGGAAGCCAAAGAGUGGAUGAAACCGAUUUUGGCAGACGUCAGGAUCCCAGAGAUCCCGAUCUUAAUCCUGGCCAACAAAAUCGAUCGCCCGAAUGCUGUCGACGAGCAUGAAAUCAUUUUCCAGUUUGGGCUGGAGGAAAUGUGUACUGGGAAAGAAGCCAGCCUACCCGAAAGACCGCUAGAAGUCUUCAUGACGUCAAUCGUAGCAAGACAAGGCUAUGGCCAAGGAUUUAAAUGGUUGCAGCAACGAUUGAGGGAA